AUGAGUGCCAAAGUGCCCAAGGAGCUGAGGCUGGCCCUGCCGCCUUGCCUUCUCAACCGGACCUUUGCUUCCUCCAACGCCAGCGGCAAUCCCAACCCCAGGGGCCCGAGUAGUAGCCCUGGAGGCAGUGGUGGUGGCAGCAGCAGCGGUGGUGGUACCUGCAUCACGCAAGUAGGACAGCAGCUCUUUCAGUCGUUCUCCUCCACGCUGGUGCUGAUCGUUCUGGUCACCCUUAUCUUCUGCUUGAUCGUCCUUUCCCUUUCUACCUUUCACAUCCAUAAGAGGAGGAUGAAGAAGCGGAAGAUGCAGAGGGCUCAGGAGGAGUAUGAGCGGGAUCAUUGCAGCAACAGCAGGGGCGGCGGCGGCGGCGGCGGCGGCGGCGGCGGCGGUGGCUGUGGCAGCGCGGGACUGAGGGCCUGUGGCCAGGUUCCUCACAACGGGAAAGAAACCAGGCUGGAGAGACCCCCCCGGGACUCAGCCUUCUGCGUCUCUUCACCUUCCUCCUCCUCGUCCUCCUCUUCUUCCUCCACUUCCCCUGGCAUCCAGCGUCCUGGGCCCCGUCCUCCUCCUCCUCCCCCUCCUGCCCCCAGUCCCCAGGGUUCCCACCUCACCUCCUCAUGUUUGGACUCAGCUGGUGAGGGGCUUUUGCAAACGGUAGUACUGUCUUGA